ACCCUCUCUCGCUCGAUCCCAGGAACGCGCGAGACGCUAGGCUACCAUUUGCAACUGCCCGGGAGUGCAAAGGGGAGCGGCGGCUGGUGCCAACGGGGAGGACUCUUGCCCGAGGAACCAUGCAGUGAUUCUCCCUGGAUAACCUGGACUCGCAGAGGAGUCGGAGUGAGGAGUCGUAGCUUCUGAGGAUGCGUCCAUGGGCCAGCUAAAACCAGGAGGCGGCCGCGAAGGCUGUGGCUCUACCGGAGGAGAAGCCCUGGGAAGCCGCAGCUGGGGAAUUGUUCCUUAAUUGAAGGGGGACCCCCCCGGGGCCGGCGUUUUUUCACCUGCAGCGUUGCCCUUGCUGGGAGGGGGGGGGCUUGGGAGGGGGGAGGGUGGGAGUUGUAUUUCUCUGUCCUGUUCAGCCUCUGCUGGCGGGCCCUCGGACCCUACUCUUCCAGGCAGCUUCCCAUCUGGAUUCUUCUGCAUGGAAAAUCCCCGGCCCUGAAAUACGGACGGGCCCAGUGCCUGCAGCCUCCUUGCAUUCGUGCCUUAUCCGGGGGACUGUCCCCACCCCCAAGGCUUGCCUCCAUCGGGUCGUGGAGGGAGAGGCGUUACGACCGCAUCCCUGGAAUAUCUGCUUGUGGUGGUGUAGGUUGGUCUGGUUGCUUUUCCCGGGACAAGGGAUAUGGGUUUGCACGUUUCCUUCGGUGACUGAUCCAGUGCCUAGGUCGACCCCACAUUUUAUGUCUUUGCUCCAUUCCCCCCUCUUCUCGUCUUCUGAAAUUGGGAUGCCCCCAAAGUGAGCGGGGACCGGUUUGAGACGCCCAGCCCUUGGAUUGCCAAAGCCCGCAGCCGAUCCGAGGAUAUUAUUGCACAACCCAACUGAGAGGAAACCGUGCCGGGCUCUCUCGGGCCCCUCCCCACCUCCGUCUCCCUCUCGCUCCCUCUCGAGUUCCCAUCCCCUGCCCCCGGGGCUCCUUGGAUGAUCUUCCUGGGAAAGAGAACCCGCCAGGGCGAGGGUCAGGGCGCUGGGGCAUUCUCCAUCUCUCCUUCCUUGAAGUAAAGAGAACAGCUCUAGAGAUUGGCUGGACACCCGAAAAAUGUCCGCGAAGGAGAAUCCCUGCCGGAAAUUUCAGGCCAACAUCUUCAACAAAAGCAAGUGUCAGAAUUGCUUCAAGCCCCGGGAAUCUCAUUUGCUCAAUGAUGAAGAUUUAAACCAGGCAAAACCCAUUUAUGGUGGCUGGCUGCUUCUUGCUCCAGAAGGGACUGAUUUCGAUAAUCCUGUGCACAGGUCUCGGAAAUGGCAGCGGAGAUUCUUCAUCCUCUAUGAACAUGGACUUCUGCGCUACGCUUUGGAUGAAAUGCCUACAACCCUUCCUCAGGGCACCAUCAACAUGAACCAGUGCACAGAUGUGGUAGACGGAGAGGGCCGCACGGGCCAAAAGUUCUCUUUGUGUAUUCUGACACCUGAAAAGGAGCACUUCAUCCGGGCAGAGAACAAAGAGAUCAUCAGUGGGUGGUUGGAGAUGCUCAUCGUCUACCCUAGGACCAAUAAACAGAACCAGAAGAAAAAACGGAAGGUAGAGCCCCCGACUCCUCAGGAGCCUGGCCCUGCCAAGAUGGCUGUCACCAGCAGCAACAUUCCGAGUGCAGAAAAAAUCCCCACCACCAAGUCUACGCUCUGGCAGGAGGAGAUAAGGGUCAAGGACCAGCCAGAUGGGAGUACCCUUAGCCCAGUACCAAAUUCUGGAUCAAGUCAGGUCCUCCCAGCCAGCUCGUUGAAAGAACCUGGGCUGGAAAACAAAGAAGAGGAGAGCACCAUGAAUGGUGACCGAGUAGACUGUGGACGGAAGGCCAGAGUGGAAAGUGGCUACUUUUCCCUGGAGAAGACUAAGCAGGAUAUGAAGGCAGAAGAGCAGCAGUUGGCACCACCACCAUCCCCUCCCAGCCCCAGCAUGCCCAAUAACAGGUAUAGUUACCCAGAACUACCUUUCCAGGAGCAUGGCCGCCCCUUUUCUUCCCCAGGUCCCCAGGCUGCCGGCCGAAUAGUCUACAGCAUCUCCCUGAACUCCCUGGAUUCAGCAAGUCGGCACCCCAUCCACACGGACUCCAGCAGCGCUGGGGGGAGGGAAGCAGAGAAACCGGGGCGCCUCUUUGCCUUUAAAGCCAGCAGGCAGUACACCACUCUAGCCGACGUGCCUAAGGCCAUCCGGAUCAGUAAUCGAGAGGCCUUCCAGGUGGAGAGAAGGCGGUUGGAGCGCAAGAUUCGGGCCUGCAGCCCUGGCAGGGAGGAGGUGGCUCGUCUGUUUGGCAACCAAAGGAGGAGGUCCCAGGUAAUUGAAAAAUUUGAGGCCUUGGAUAUUGAGAAGGCUGAGCACAUGGAGACCAACAUGUCAGCUGGCCCCAUGCUGUCUAGCGACACUCGCCAGGGCCGAAGUGAGAAGAGAGUUUUCCCCAGGAAGCGGGACUCUACCACAGAAGCUAUCACCUCCACCGUCGGCUCCAUCCCAGAUGUUUCUGCUUCUCCCCUGUCUCCGCACCGAAGAGCCAAGUCACUGGAUAGAAGGUCCACAGAGUCCUCCAUGACGCCUGACCUGCUGAACUUCAAGAAAGGCUGGCUGACCAAGCAGUAUGAGGAUGGCCAGUGGAAGAAACACUGGUUUGUCCUGGCGGAUCAGAGCCUGAGAUACUACAGGGAUUCGGUAGCUGAGGAGGCGGCUGAUUUGGAUGGUGAAAUAGACCUGUCUACCUGCUGCAAUGUCACUGAAUAUCCAGUCCAGAGAAACUACGGCUUCCAGAUCCAUACAAAAGAAGGAGAGUUCACUCUUUCUGCCAUGACUUCUGGAAUUCGACGGAAUUGGAUCCAGACCAUCAUGAAACAUGUACACCCAACCACUGCCCCAGAUGUCACUAGCUCAUUGCCAGAAGAGAAGAAUAAAACCAGCCCUUCCUUUGAGACCUGCCCAAAGCCAAGUGAGAAACAGGAUGUGGACCAAGCUGAGUUGGAUCCUGAGCAGAAAAGGAGUCGUGCGCGGGAAAGGAGGCGAGAGGGACGUUCUAAAACCUUUGACUGGGCUGAGUUUCGCCCUAUCCAGCAAGCCCUGGCUCAGGAAAGGGCCAACGCCACAGAAUCCUCUAAGACACGAGAGCCUGGGAGUUCAGAAAUGGACCUAACGGACCUGGAGAAGGAGCGUGCACGGCGGAGAGAAGAGCGGCGUAAACGCUUCGAGAUGAUCGAUUCUGUUGAUGGGCCAGGUGCGGAUGACACUAUCUUACGGAUGGAGGUGGACAGGAGUCCGGUGUUACCCGUGGCCACAGAGCUGAAGCCGCAGAAUGUGCAUGUGGAGAUUGAGCAACGGUGGCAUCAGGUGGAGACUACCCCUCUUCGUGAGGAAAAACAAGUGCCCAUCGCCCCUUUACAUCUGUCUUCAGAAGAUAGCGGUGACCGGCUCCCCACACAGGAGCUGACCUCCCUGUUGGAGAAGGAGCUGGAGCAGAGCCAGAAAGAAGCCUCUGAUCUCUUAGAACAGAACCGACUUCUGCAGGAUCAGCUAAAGGUGGCUUUGGGUCGGGAGCAGAGUGCCAGGGAGGGCUACGUGUUGCAGACUGAGGUGGCCACCUCACCAUCCGGUGCCUGGCAGAGGCUCCAUAAAGUCAAUCAAGAUCUCCAAAGUGAGCUUGAAACCCAAUGCCAGCGCCAGGAGUUGAUCAAUCAUCAAAUUCAGUCCCUGAAACGUAGUUACGGGGAGGCAAAGGACAUCAUCCGGCACCAUGAGGCUGAGAUCCAACGGCUGCAGGCAAGACUGAGCAAUGCUGCCGCAGAGCUGUCUAUCAAAGAGCAGGCUCUGGCCAAGCUCAGGAGUGACUUAAAGAUGGAAAAGGAAAAAGUCACAGAGCAGCUGGAAGAGUGGCAGCAGAGCGAAAGCACCCUGAGCUUCCAACUGAGAGUGAGCGAGCAGCAGCUCCGAAGCGCGGAAGCCCUGCUCCUCGAGAAGACCCAGGAGCUGAGAGACCUGGAGAUGCAGCAGGCCUUACACCGAGACCAUCAGAAGGAGGUGCAGAGGCUCCAGGACAGAAUUGCCGACCUCAGCCAGCAGCUCGGGGCCAGGGAGCAAGCUCAGGCCCUCAUGGAAGAGAAGCUGCAGAAGAAUUAUGAGCUUUUGUUGGAAAGCUGUGAGAAGGAAAAACAGGCUUUGCUGCAGAACCUGAAGGAGGUUGAGGACAAGGCCUGUGAGUAUGAAGAUCAGCUCCAAGAUCAUGAGCAGCAGAUGGAAAUUCUUCAGAAAGAGAAGCUAAGUGCAAAAUUUGAAGGAAGUGAGAUUGUUCAUCAGCUGGAGGAGCAGCUGGAGAUGAAGGAGGCCAGCAUCCAGAAGCUUGCUGAGCACAUUCAGAGUCUUCAGGAAGAACGGGAUGAAAUCAAGCAACGGUUCUCAGAGCUGAUGAAUCAAGUUGCAGAGUCUGAUAACAAAGUUGCUAAACUACAAGAAAAACUCAAAUCAUGGGAGGUGGAUUAUCAGACACUAGAGCAGUCUUAUCAGAAAGUACUGGAUCAGUUCCAGGGUAUGCAUACAGUCCUGAAAGAAAAGGAAGAGGAAUUGAAGCACAUCAAGGAAGUGCAUGAGAAAAUUCUGGAAAAGAAAGACCAGGACCUCCACGAGGCUCUGGUGAAAAUGGCUGCUUUGGGUGGCAGCCUGGAAGAAACUGAAAUGAAGCUUUUCCAUGCAAAGGAGGAGCUGUUAAGAAAGGCUGCUGAUGGCAGCCCUAAGGAUAUGGAAGAGCCAUGCGCUAGACUGGAUGCACAGGAGGACAGCCCCGCAGAUCUGGGCACACAUGCGCAAGCUCCAGGAGCACCUCUGGGUUCCUACCACAUACCCCUGCAUAGUGAGGAAGCUGGUCAGAAGGAAGUGUGUGGUGAGCCCUCUGAGCAAGGCCUGGAAGAUGCCAUUGCCCAGCUCAAGUCGACAGAGCCUCAGGAUCAACAAGGGCAUCAGAAAACCACGGUGAAGCUUGAUGGGGGAGCCCCAGGGGCCAAGAGGCAGAGAAUUCGUUUUUCUAGCAUCCAGUGCCAAAAAUACAUUCAUCCAGAAGGGUCAGAAAAGACCUGGACGAGCAGCACAUCUUCCGAUACCAGCCAAGAUCGGUCACUCUCCGAGGAGAGCAUGUCAUCAGAACCUGUUCCCGGCUGUAUCUCUUCUGGAGUCAGUGACCCUGAAACUUAUCUUUCCAUAAUACAUUCCUUGGAAACCAAACUUUAUAUCACUGAAGAAAAGCUCAAAGACGUGACCAUGAAACUGGAGAGUCAACAAGGGCAAAAUCAAGAGACUUUAAUUGCUCUCCACCACCAGUGGGCUGGUACAGAAUCGCAGCUUCACGAACAGCUGCAAGCUAGUUUGUCCCAAGUCGGUGCCUUGGUUUCUCAGCUAGAAAAUGAAAGACAGGAAAAGCUGAAGAUGGUAGAAAACCAUGUUGGUGAGCUGGGGGACUUCCAAAUAAAAAACAGUCAGGCCCUAACCUGUUUAGAGAAAUGCAGGGAACAGCUAAGAUCUUUGCCAAAGGCUGACAAAGAACAAGAACGAGAUUUAUUUAUGGCCACUUUGGCCAGCCUGGAGGCCACUUUAUCAAAUGCAAUCCGGGUUUUACAUCACUUACCCUCCUCUUCAGAUGCCACGAGUCAAGCUCAGCUCAGAGAAGACAGUUCAUCAAAUGAAGGGAAAUCACUUCUACAGGUACAACCCCAGGUCUUGGAACUGACGGAGCAAGAGCAGUUGAGGUUACUUUCUCAGAGGAUAGCUUUUGAAGCUUCAUUGAUAAAUCAGAUAGCUGAGUCCUUAAAAAGUGCGAGUUCUGAUAUUUCACAUAUCCUCCAAGAGAUUUAUCUGACAGCGAAGGCGGCGAUGGAACCCACACAUGUGGUUAACACAGCUGCAUCCUUAGCAGAUACCUUGUCUAAAAAAUUAAUACUGGAAGGUGAGUUUUGGAACCAGGUAGAAGAACUGAGUAAGCACUUGGAACCACUUAGGGAAGAGGAAGCAAAUAAAUCAGAAGCCGACCGUUUCAGUUUUCCACAAGACCUUGUCACAGCAGUAGCAGAUACAGCAUUGAUCAGGGCAGAACUUGGUUUAACUGCACAGUCAAUGAGGGAGUCAUUUUACCAAAAGUUGGAGAGUAUUGAAGACAACCUCAACAGGACCAGAAUUGCGCUUCGACAACAUAAGUGUGUGCUAGGCGAAAUCCUGAAAGCCUACAGGACUCCUGAUUUUGAAAGAGUAAUGCAACAGAUUUCAGAAACCUUUGGUUUUCCUGAUGGUGUUACAGGAGAUCUGCCGGUAGCUGGGGACUGGAGCUCGUCAGAAAUGCUGCCGGGUCCAGACUCAGGUGGAUCGCAGGAGUGCCCUGGCUUGCCAAGUCAGAGCAGCGUGGCCCUUAACGAGCAGAUUUCCCAGCAGUUGAAGGAUAGGGCCCGGGUCUUAGAGGAAAUAGCUUCUGCUCUCGUCUCACUUCCUGCAGUGGCAUCCACAAGCGAUUGUCAGCAACUUCUCAAGGCUUCACAAAGCCUUUCCUAUUUUAGUUGCUUAAGUCACCUUGGCCAUUAUUCUUCCUUAUUAGUUCAAGAUGCAAUCAUUCAGGCUCAGGUUUGUUACUCAGUUUGCAAAAUGAGGCUGGAGUAUGAAAGGGAGCUCAAGUUUUAUAAAGAAACCUGGAAGAACAGCGUGGAUGCCUCGUACCAUGAACCAACACGGGCCAUUGCUGCCCUGCGGAUGGAGUAUGAAGAACUCCUUCACAAGCAGAAGAGCGAGUACUUGGAAGUGAUUUCCAUUAUUGAAAGGGAAAAUGAGGAGCUGAAAGCCAAGGUAGCUCAGCUCGACUGCCAGCAGCGGUGCUUGGAAGAGGUGGAAAGCAAACACAGUGAAAGCAUCUUUGCUCUGCAGGAUCGAUACGAAGAGGAGAUCCGAAACGUGGUGGAACAGCUAAACAGCACCAAGAACACCCUGCAGGCGGAGAGAACCAGGGUCCUGAGUCAGCUCGAUGCGUCUGUGAAAGAUAAGCAGGAUAUGGAAAGAUUUCACGUGGAGCAGAUGCAGACCCUAGAGGACAAAUUCCAGCUGAAAAUAAAAGAAUUGCAGAUAAUUCAUGAAGAAGAACUUCGGACCUUGCAGGAACACUAUACUCAGAACUUGCAGUGCUUACAAGAGACACUGAACCAUUACCAAAGGCAGAACCCAGAAGUACCGCUUUCCACAGAGCCCCAAUCCAUCCAUCACAUUUGGCCCACAGACCAACUAGAUGGUGCCAUGCUAGUGACAGAAGGUGAGCCAGAUUCUAUGACCGGGCUGAGAGAGCGUAUCCAAGAGCUGGAGGCCAAGAUGAACGUCAUGAGAGAAGAACUAGAACAUAAAGAUCUGGAAGGAAAUGCCUCAACUCUGAGGGAAAAAUACCAAAAAGACUUUGAGAAUCUGAAGGCAACAUGUGAACGAGGGUUUGCUGCUAUGGAAGAGACCCAUCAGAAGAAGAUAGAGGAUCUACAGAGGCAGCACCAGCGGGAACUGGAGAAACUACGGGAGGAGAAAGAUCGCCUGUUAGCGGAGGAAACGGCCGCUACCAUAUCAGCAAUUGAGGCCAUGAAGAAUGCUCAUCGGGAAGAGAUGGAGCGAGAGUUGGAGAAGACACAUCGCUCUCAGAUCAGCAGUGUCAAUUCAGAUAUUGAGGCCCUUAGAAGACAGUACCUAGAAGAGUUGCAAUCAGUCCAGCGGGAACUGGAAGUCCUUUCAGAACAGUACUCUCAGAAAUGCUUGGAAAAUGCUCAUUUGGCUCAGGCUUUGGAGGCGGAGAGGCAGGCCCUUCGCCAGUGCCAGAGAGAAAACCAGGAGCUCAAUGCACACAAUCAGGAGUUAAAUAACCGCCUGGCUGCGGAGAUCACUCGGUUACGAACGCUACUGACUGGGGAGGGAGGUGGAGAGGCUGCUGGCUCGCCUCUCACACAGGGCAAGGAUGCUUAUGAACUAGAGGUCUUAUUGCGGGUCAAGGAAUCAGAAAUACAGUACCUGAAACAGGAAAUCAGCUCUCUCAAGGAUGAGCUGCAGACAGCACUGAGGGACAAGAAGUAUGCUAGUGAUAAGUACAAAGAUAUCUACACAGAGUUGAGUAUUGUGAAGGCCAAGGCAGACUGUGAUAUCAGCAGGUUGAAAGAGCAGCUAAAAGCAGCUACAGAAGCACUGGGUGAAAAGUCUCCUGAAAAUACUACGGUGUCGGGAUAUGAUAUCAUGAAAUCUAAAAGCAAUCCUGACUUUUUGAAGAAAGACAGAUCCAGUGUUAGCCGUCAGUUAAGGAAUAUCAGGUCAAAGAGUCUGAAGGAAGGCCUGACCGUGCAAGAACGUCUGAAACUCUUUGAAUCCAGGGACUUGAAGAAAGACUAGUUGUAUCCCAUUCAACUUGAACACACAUCCCACCUGGCUUGCGGCAGCACAACACAAACGCUGAUUUUUGUCUGUACCGUAUUUUAUUAUUAUUGUUAUUAUUAUUGGUAUUGUCAUCAUUAACUGUAUGGAUGGAUAAGAGACUGAUUUAUGGAUUGUAGUUCACACCACUUCCUGCUGUGUUGAUUCCUUCAACUCCUCCCUCCCAACAUCUUAUCAAAUCUUUUCUUCCACUGUAUUCUAGAAUUAGUAAAUGAUUUGGGGGGGGAGGAAGGCGAACAAUCUAAUUUCCCUCCCGUUCUAGCAGCCUGUAUUAGAAUUCUUUACUUUACUGUAACUCAUUACAAUAAGUGUCAGUAUUAAGGCUCAGCAGCCUAUUGAUAAGCUAGCUCUGUCUUACCGAAUGUAUUGGUAUGGAAACAGGGCCCAGUCGGCGUAUCUAGCUCUGCUGCUAACUGGCAGUGGUUUGGUGCUCGUGUGCACUGGGAGCCAAGUACGCCAGGAGUUAGUCUUAACUCUCGUUUCUCUGAGGUAAAGCCUAAGGACAUUCUGUUUCUGCCUAGAUUUACAGCACUGACCUACUGGAGAGAAAUUAGAGGGGCAGUUGGAGAAGAGAGGUGGUUUGUAACCCUGAUUCUACCACCCUUGAUCUUGACUCAGAUAAAAGAUUUUUUCGGGGGGCGGGGGGAAUGGGGAGCGGAAAUGAUGGCAUUUUGUACUCCUUCUACUAAUGCAGCUUAGAACCACACAUCCCAGAGUAUUGUGGCAAAGUACUACAACAGAAUUGUUGAAACUGAACGUUCCUAAUUCUUGUUUGUUUUUUUUUAAUUAAAUCUUGCACAAAACACCAGCUCCCCCUCUCAUUACUUCCUCCGAUCGUUCUUACAGUAUUUUCAGUGACCACCUAUUUUUGAAAUAUAUAUUGGGGUUUUACAUCAUGAUUCCUGCUAUCAGGGAGAAGUGUCUGCUCUAAAAAUUUCACCUUUUUUGAAAUUACUCCCCAUAUAAACCAUGUCCAUGUAGUUUGUUGAAGGGAGGGAAGGGGAAGAAACAUGAGGAGGUUGUGACACUCUAUAAGAAUGUCAUUUUAAAAAAAUUAUUCCUAAAUUCGACUGAGAUCAGCACUGGCUACCCUCAUGUAUACUUAAAAAAAUCCUA